AUGCUUCAUCGCGGCGCCUCGCUCCGGCCAACUGGCUCCCCACCGUACAAGCGCUGGCUGCAGCUUCUGUUCGAGAGCGGGCCGCCAGCUCCUCCGCGACUUGCCUCCCGUGCGCGAGCCCCCGCCCGUGCUGGUGCAGGCGACCACCCCGAGCUCCCCACUCCCCGUUGCGCCUGCCCCGGCCGGCUCCGGCCUCCCGCCGGCUCCCGCGCCGCGCCCCCGCGCGGCCCUGGGGUCGUACCAGCGUCCUCCGCCGGGUGCCUGCGUGCUCAGCCUCGCCCGGCCGCCCCGCGCCCCGGCGGCGCAUCCGGGUCCGCCCCGCCUCAGCUGGCCAUAGCUGCGCCCGGGCGCCUCGCUUGGCCUCUGCUCCACCCGAGCUCCUCGCGAGCACCUCCCCCUCGCCUCCGCCUGGCCGGAGCGCCUCCGCCAGCCACCGCCUCCAGCCACCUGCGCGCCCGCGCCACGAGCUCAGCCUCCCAUCGCAGGCGCCGCUUGGCCCCACGUCCGGCCUCUCCACCUCCUGCGCCGGCUCCGGUGGCCGCCCCGUCCCUCAACCCGGCCGCCGGCUCCCCGGGCCAGCCCGACCAACCGUUGGCUCCCCCUCGACCCGGCCCGUCGGCUCUGCCUGCGCCGGCUUCUGCCGCGUCCGCGCCCGCCGGCUCCGCGCAACCCGGCCACGCGCCGUUUCCGCGCGACUCGGCGCUGUUCGGCGUCCCCGGUGGCCUCCCACGAGGGCUGGCUCGCGCCCGCACGGCCGGCUCCGCCGCUUGCCGGCCCCGCCCGCAUCCCGGCUAG